AUGGGUUUAGAGGCAAAGAUCAAUAAAUCAGCCAAGUCGUUGACUGGCUUCAAUGGAGCAACAACGGUUACCGUAGGCACGAUAGAGCUCGACGUCUACGCCCCACCUGUAAUCAGCUCGCAAACGUUCAUGGUCAUUGAUGAAGUCUCACCCUACAAUGGCAUUCUAGGCAAACCAUGGAUCAACAAGAUCAACGCCAUCGCCUCUGCCACACAUCAGAAGAUUCGCUACCCAAUUCCUUGGGGUGGGAUCGGCCUAAUCAACAGCGAUAGGCAAUGGCGAGGAAAUGCUCAGCUCAAGGGUUGA